GUGGACGACGCACCUGCACUCGUCAUCAACCGUCUCUUCGGCAUGACGAAAGGCAACGUAACAACACGUGACUGGCUCACGGAAUGGCAAAAGAUCGCGGCAACGCCCGGUCUCGACUUGCCAUUUUCGCAUCUGCGCCGCGAGUUGCUGCAUUGAGCCUUGCACUUGGUGAUCGCGAGCAAUAUACAACCUUCGCUGAAGUCAUUGACAAGGCGAGAGAGAUCAUCAAGACCAACAGGGCGGCUGCACACGAGAAGUCAACGUGGCAGCCAACCAAUUUGGAGAGGGUGAAAACUGGUCCGCGACCGCAGCAGUUCGCUGCAGUCCAAUCGGACAACAUUGUGGAAGACUCGGCAACCACCCAAGCGUCACGUGAGGGAGAUCAGGUGGCUGCUGUCCAGCAGCGAAGCAACAACAAGUCCCGAGGAAACGGAAAGGCAAAAACCGCAUCGCCGGCCGAAAACGGACAGCCAGCACCAUGGGUCAAGUUUCACUUGACCGAGGCCGAGUACAAGUACCGUGGCCACUACAGCUGCUGCUAUUGGUGCAAUAGCACCAAGCACAAGACCUCCCUCUGCCAGGAUCAGGGCAAGGAGGAUGUUUGGCCUCGCUGGAUUCGGCCUAGCUCAUCGCCAUACGGUGCUCCUGUUCUCUUCGUCCGGAACAAGAACAAGGAUUUGUGGUUGUGCAUCGAUUAUCGCAAGCUCAACGCGCAAACGAUCAGAAACGUCGGCCCUCUCCCACGCAUCGGCGACCUUCUCGAACGACUGGGGGGAGCCAAGUUCUUCUCCAAGCUGGACCUCAAGUCGGGAUAUCACCAGCUCGAGAUUCGGAAGGAGGACCGCUACCAGACCGCGUUUAAGACGCGAUAUGGGCAUUUCGAAUGGCUGGUUAUGCCAUUUGGCCUUACGAAUGCCCCGGCCACUUUCCAAGCGGCUAUGACAACGGAGUUCCAACACAUGCUGGAUCGAUUCGCACUUAUCUACCUUGACGACAUCCUGGUGUACAAUCGGAGUUUGGAUGAGCAUGUGGAACACCUGCGCACCGUUUUGGAACAACUACGACAAGCCAAGUACAAAGCCAACCGCUACAAAUGCGAAUUCGCGCGGCAGGAGCUGGAGUACGUGGGACAUUAUGUGACACCGCAAGGCAUCCGUCCGCUUGCGGAUAAGAUCGAGGCCCUCCGCGUAAGGCCCGAGGCCACCAACACCACGGACAUUCGUUCAUUCAUGGGGUUGGCGGGCUACUAUCAGCAAUUCAUCACCGGAUACUCAAGGAUUGUUGCACCUAUGACGAGAUUAAAAUCGCCAAAGGUGUCGUUCGUAUUCGAUGACGACGCACGCCGUCAUUCCAAGCACUUAAGACGCCCAUGCUCAUGGCACUCGUCCUUAGCAUCUAUGACCGCACCCUACCUACGAAAGAGUCCGGCACAAAUGAAACCAAGUUUGGCUCGGCAUCCACAGACGGACGGGCACACGGAGCGGGCACAUCAAACUGCUCAAAUGAUGCUUCGUACGCUCAUCCGUCUGGGCCAGAAAGAUUGGGUUGACCGCCUUCCCGACAUCGAGUUCGCCUACAACACUUCGGUGCACCCGACGAUCAGCGUGACUCCAUUCGAGUUGCACCACGGUGGACGGAAAGGUCGUCUCUUCGUCGACCUUCUCCUCCCACGACCAGCCGACAUCGACGCCGCUUGCUCUCCCGCUUCCGUCCGAAAGUACAGGGAAUUGCUGGCUCCUGCCCGCGCGAACAUGCAAAAGGCUCAAGUCCGCAUGCAGCAGCAAGCCAACAGGCGUCGCGUGCCAUGUUCUAUCCGCGCCGGUGAUCUGGUUUGGGUCUCCGCGGAAGGGUUUGCACUGGAACAGGAUGUUUCACGCAAACUGCUUCCCAAGUGGUUUGGACCAUGGCCCGUAACAUCAGCCGCGCGCGAUGAGCCCGAUGACCCUUCAUUUGUGAUCAACAUCCCGACGUAUCUGAUGGUCCAUCCAGUCUUUCACGCCUCGAAGCUGGCAACAUAUACACCAACUAAGAGCGCCGACUUCCCAGGCCGACGAUCGCAGAACCCUCCAUCUAUGGAUGGUCAUCAGGAUGUUGACCGCGUCAUCACGGAUCGCAAGUACGACAACAAGCCUCGACAGUACAAAGUUACAUUCAGAGCAUGCGAUCCCGACGACACUCGGUGGAUUUCAGGAACAGAUUUGAAAGCAUCCGCACCGCUGAUCUACGCUCACUACAAGCGAUAAAGGUUAGCUAAGGGACCUUCACGACCUGCCCCUCCCACCCGGACUGUGGUCCCUCCCUCAGACAGACGGCUUCGCCCUCGCAGGUAAGCUCGAUCUUUCAAGGAGGGGUGUGUGUGGCAUACUGCGUAGCCACACGGGCCUGCAGGGCCCGUCUCCCGGCCGCAAAUAAUCGGCACGCUUGAGGCACAUGGGAACAAUAAGAUGGGGCUGCCGGGGACAUGGGAAGUCCCAAAUAAAAAUUGUCGAAAAUC